AUCGCUAUUAAAAGUGUGAUCUAAUUCACAUUAAUUGCCUCAGUCUUUCUCUAUAUCACGGGUAGUGCACAAAGUUACAAGGUCUGCCUCGUCGGUGUCAGUGCGAAGAGCCGGCAAAUGAGAUGGAGGAGGACUCGACAGAAAUGAAAAACAUACCCAAACCGAAAAAAGAUGAAUACUCGACGACAAUAACACCAGAAGAGUUGGAAAAGCUCUAUGAUAGAACGGAGGCGGCUGAGAUGGAGGAACCUUUACGACGAGAACCGGCAAGUAGUGGUGCCUGCAGGCGAUUCUUCUCCAUCUUCAAAGGGAAUCUUUUGCCCAUACUUACUGUGGCCAGCGUUAUCGGCGGAAUUGCCUUCGGCCUUUUAUUAAGGUUCUCUUCUUCAGAUAGAUGGAACGCCAGAGAAGUAAUGUACAUCCAAUUUCCCGGAGAGCUGUUUUUGAGGAUGCUCAAAGCACUCAUCAUUCCACUUCUAGUUUCCUCAAUUACAUCGGCGAUCGGUUCCCUCGAUCUGAGCCUCUCGAAGAAGAUCGGUGGCAGGGCGAUAGCCUACUACCUCCUCACGACUGUCAUCGCAGUUAUUGAAGGUAUCAUCCUCGUCAUGGUCAUACAGCCUGGUCGUGGAGGAGAUUUCGGACCGGCUACAGCGACCGAGGUGAUGAAAAGGCCGGUUACAACUGUAGAUACUCUUCUCGAUCUCAUAAGGAAUAUGUUUCCUCCAAAUUUAAUCCAAAGUUGCAUUUCUCAAUACCGAACUUUAAUUAUUCCACCAGAACACAUUUUACCUGAUAACAAUGAUACCAAAUUAUGGCCUAUCACGUAUGAGUAUACCAACAAUUCAAAUGUACUUGGGCUGGUUAUUUUUGCUGUCGUCCAAGGUAUCGCAAUUGGUCAACUGGGAAACGUCGGUAAACCUUUGCUUAAGUUUUACUCAUCCCUUGGAGAAUCCAUGAUGUUGAUUACAAACUGGGUCAUAUGGUUGUCACCUGUUGGUGUGUUUUUCUUAAUUGCGGGUAAAAUGGUUGAAGCUGAAAGUUUUGCGGCUAUGAUAGGCCAGCUGGGUUUAUACUUCUUGACAGUCAUAAUCGGUCUGUUUGUGCACGGCUUCAUAACAUUGCCAGCAAUUUAUUUCUUGGGGACGAGGAAACUGCCAUUUAAAUUUCUAACGAAUAUGAGUCAGGCUAUCGUCACAGCUUUUGCGACUGGCUCAAGCUCUGCCUCUUUGUCAGUCUCGAUGAGUUGCCUCGAGGAAAAGAACAAUAUCGACCCCAGGGUAACAAGAUUCGUCAUGCCAAUCGGGGCCACUGUCAAUAUGGAUGGAACUGCGCUGUAUGAAGCCGUCGCUGUUAUAUUCAUCUCUCAAGUCAGGAACUAUUCACUAUCCCUUGGGCAAAUUAUAGCAGUCAGCAUAUCAUCUACAAUGGCGAGUAUUGGAGCAGCGAGUAUACCACAGGCUGGCCUCGUUACCAUGGUCAUGGUAUUGGAUACAGUGGGCCUUCCGGCAGAAGAUGUCACCUUAAUUUUUGCUGUUGAUUGGCUUUUGGAUCGUUUUAGAACGUCAAUUAACGUCAUAGGUGAUUCCCUCGGUGCUGGGAUAGUGGCACAUCUGAGCAAAAAGGAACUUGAAAAAGUAGCGCCGGUGACAAAUAACCGAACCUAAGAAUUUUAGACAAUAAAAAUGAAUGAUAACAUAAAUAUAAUUUUCCAAAAAUAAAUAUUAAUAGAAGACAACAUGCAGUGGGGUCAACACUAUAAAUCAUGAAACUUUCGGUGGGCGACCGCCAGUUGUUAUUUUUUAUUUAAUUUUAUAUUGUUUUUUCUGCUAAGAGCAGAACAAAAAAAAUCUCUUGUAAACGUUAUAAAAAAUUUAUUUUAAAAAAAGUACGUGCCAUAAAAAUUUAAAACUUACCGGUUUAAAACCGUAACAAAGGGUAUGUUAUCUUUAAGUUUUUAUUUUAAAUUUUAAAAAAAAUUAUAUGUUAGUUUAUUAAAACCAGAGAGUGAGUUAAUUGCUAAGUUGUUACACAAAUGUUGCGUUUAAAAGAAAUUACUUUUAAGGUAUAAAAUGUUUAGAAGAAUUAAGUUAAAUAAUCAAUGAUGAAAUAAUGUAAAUGUUGUGAACCUUAAACAAUUAUUAAGAUUAAAAAAUAAACUAAUGUGAUGUAAUACUGCUUGUUUCCUACUGUUUCCAUUUGCCGAAUGAUUUUUAAUUAUUUUCAUUUUAAAUACUGACAUGACCUCAUAGUAGCCAGUGGGUAAAAAAGGGGAUAGAGUUUCUUGCCUAACUUUUGAUUAUUACAUAAAAUGUUAACAUCGUGUUCAACUUUUUGUUAAAAAUUUGAGAAUGUAUAUGAAGGUUCUUAUAAAAUUGCAAGAAAGUACCAAAUUUUUUUCACAACCUUAUCCCUUUUUUUACUUUUUACCUAUGAUUAUAAAAUUCAAUUAUUAGCUAGUUGAUGAAAACAAAUAUAUUUAUACUUACAAAUUUCAAUUGAACUCAGUAUUAUAUAUCGUACAUAUCUUCUAUUAACUCAAUUAUAUAUACAUAAAAUUUUGUAGUCCUCACAUUUGUGUCUAUCUAUUAUAAAUAAACUUUAAACAAUAUUUAAUCUAUUUGUAUGUUAAUAGACACACAAUACAAAAUAUUUUUAGUAUAUUGUUAAUAAAUUUAAUUAUAAAAGACAAUCAACAUGUGAUUUUAAAUAAGUACAAUUUUUUUUCGUUUAUUCAAUGUAAUGAUCUUUUUAUUAAUGUAUUCUCUAGAAUGUAGUGUUUACCUUAAGUUUAUGAUUAAAAAAACCUUACUAUAUCAACCAUACAAGUUGCAAUUAAGUUUUGUACUUUAAAACAACAAAAAUUGGGCACAUUUUUAAUUGAACAGAUACAAUAUGUAAGUAAAAUAUAUUUACCCAAAUAAAAAAAAAAGAUACGAUUAUAAAAUUGAGAUCACAAUUAUUUAUUAAUUAUAUAUUAAUUUAAAUUAAUUAUUAAUGAGACCAUCUAAUUUUGAGUUUGCGAUUUUCAAGGUCACUAUAAAAUGUAUCAUUUAUUAUCUUGAGGUCAUUUACAAAUUAUAUAAACCUUUUGGCAAAGAAAUAAUUAAUACCGACUAACUUGACAAAAUGAAACUUAUAAAAUUAACAUUUGUGAAAGUAUUCAUACAGAAAGUAAAUAUCAAUAAUUAAUUAACAAAUUAAGAAAAUUUUCUAUAGUUCACAGCUUUUAUAAAAUUCAAUAUAACUAAUAUUUCAUGGGGGCAUCAGUGGCCACAACGGUUAAGGCAUUGAAACUCACUCAAAGGUAAAGGUCUUCACAUGCCUCAUACCUACGGUAUUGUUCCACCAGGUUUAGGACUCAUUAAGAAUCCAUUUUUUAGAUUUAUCCUUUUUUGUGGCAGGCUACUAGGCUGCAAUAGGGUUCUGGGCCCAUAGAGUCCAUGUUGGCUCCCUUUUUGGCCAGCAUGUCAACCUUUACAUUGCCUCUAUGCCCUGAAUGUGCCCAUGCCAGGGUCAGGUCAUUAGUGUUACCGACUUCCGUCAGGGCCUCAAUGCAUUUCCAAACACUCACCUUGCAUGAGGCUAAGGCCCUGAGAGCUGCCUGGCUGUCAAAGAAAAUGGCUAUCUUCCGGGAAUGUAUUCCUAGCCUUUUUAUUUCUCUGGCACAUUGUUUGAUCGCUAUGAUUUCAGACUGGAAAACUGUAGCAUACUUGCCUAGAUUUACCGCCAGUUUUGUCUUGGGGGUCAUCCCAAUAACCUCAGCUCCCGUACCGUUGUUGGGUUUGGAGCCAUCAGUAUACUUGUAGGAAUUUGCCUUUAGUGGUGUUCCCUUGGCCCAUUCUUCCCGUUCUGGUAUCAGUACUUUGUACUUUGGAGCAGUGGCAUCAGUUGGCAUACCUAGAAUGGCAUUUGCCAGUAUCUCCUCCCUCAGUUUCCAAUGUUUAUUCACAUGACCUAUCCUAGCAUAUGGUUGUCCAUUUAUGAUCCUGUGGGCUACUGCUCUGGCUUCUCCUUGGAUUAAAAUAUGAAGUGGUGGGAGGUUUUACGAAACUUCCAGGACCGCAGUUGGCGUUGUGCUCAUUGACACUGAGACACACUUGUCUUUUGGUGCCACUUAGCAGCCUUAUUGCUUUGGCCUGAAGAGUUUUGGUCCACCAUACCACCAACCCAUAUGUCAACAUUGGUCUUACAGCACAGUUGUAUAGCCAUAGGGUCAUUUUGGGGUUUAGACCCCAGUUCUUGGCACAGGGGCACCUCCCCCAGGCAAUUUUUGCUCUUUGGGUAGUUUUCUCUAGAUGUGGGUUCCACAUGAGCCUCUGAUCUAGUGUAAUCCCUAGAUAUUUUGCCUCCUUGGAAAAUGGAAUCAGAGUCCCAUUUAGGAUUGGAGUUUUCAAGCUUCCUGUUGUCUUUUCCUUGUAAAUGGAAUCAUUAUGGUUUUAAGGGGUUGAUAGAUAACUCCUCUCUUCUGCACCACCUGUCAACCAGAUUGAUGGCUCAUUGUAUCCGAUCCAUCACGAUGUUCGCAUGGCGGCCUUUUAUGGCAAGGUCACCUGCAUAGCCUAGGCAGUAGAAUCCUUCUUGUUCCAUCAUUUGUAGGUUUUUGUCUACCAGCGUCGUCCACAGGAGAGGCGAGAGAACACCUCUCAGCAGGCAUCCCCUGGCUGUUUUGGCCCAGAUGGUCACCCAAGGUGGAUGUAAUUAUCCUGUUCCUUAGGCCUUCCUCCAUUCAUUGGCAUACCUUCUCCGAGACUCCCCUAUUCUUACAGCUCUACAUAGAGAGGCUGUUGUUGCGUUGUUGAAAGCUCCCUCUAUAUCCAUAAAAAGUGUAACGGCUAUCUCCUCGUCAUUUAUGGACUUGGUUAGGCAUUUACACAGGUUGUACAGGGCUAGCUCUGUGGAUCUCCCUGGUUGGUAUGCGAACUGUCGCUCACUGAGACCUUUAUUCUUCAGUGCUGUCUCAUGAAUGUGGUUCUCCACCAGUCUUUCUAAUGUCUUUAACAUGAAUGAUGUAAGACUGAUAGAUCUGUACAAGUUAGGCUUGUAGUCGAUAGGUCGUCCUACUUUUGGUAUGUAUACCCCUCAUAUCUCUCGCCGUCUUUUGGGAAUAUAGCCGCAAUGGUUAAGGUAUUGACACUCACUCAAAGGUAAAGGUCCUGGGUUCAAGUCAGCGGCUCUGCAUUCAAAUGGGCCUUUUUUUAAACACAAGCACCCCAGGGGUUGAUAUGACCUCCGCCUGUUGUUGCAAAACCCCGUUAAAAAAAAAAAAAAAUAGUUCUUUUAAUGUAGUAACCUUCUUUAAACUUAAUUGCCUGUCAAAUUGUGUGAGUAUAUUUAUUAGCAUGAAUGUUGUGAAUGUAAAUAAUUAGCAAGAAUGAGCAGUUUAUCCCCACUCUGAGGAAUAUUGAGUACUCUGGUGUGAGUGUGAUGUCUGCAGAGUAAGUAAUUUAUUAGUGCGAAUGGAGGAUUUAAACCCGCCCUGAGCACUAUCAAGUACUCUAGGGAAUGAAUGUGACCAGACUUAUCUUAUGUUGGGAGAUGAAGGCAUCGUUGAAAUGCCCAGUAUCACACUAUGGCCUGUUCCAAAGCAUUGUCGUGUUUUUAGGCCAGGAAAUGUUCAUUUUAUGUGUUUGUACGUACGGUCUUUUUUUUAAUUAGUAAUUUGACAACCUGAGAAAACUAGAGGUUAGCAAUUUAAGGAGUAGAAAAUUGAGUUAGUGUAACAGAUGCGUUAUAAUAAAUUUGGCGGCCCGUAAAUAACUAUUACUUUUUUAUUUAUUUAUCCCCCUCCUGCCAGCAGCUUUAUGUACAAGGUUAUUUUCUCCAUUUUUGGGAGGUCACAACAACACAUCUGUAUUGAGCUCCUAUUGUGCCAGUGUUCUUCCAUCAAACUCAUUUUCGAGACUUGAAUUCAGGGCCACUGAGAUACGAUCUCCAGACUUCCCAUUGAUGAGUGCCGGGUCAACGGCGGUCACUGCUCCCCUUAUCCAUCAGAAAUAAAGUCUAGAGAACCCACAAACACGAGAUCAACUAGCUCAGAGCCUGAAUCUUUAACCACUCAGCUACCGCAGUGCACUACUACUACUACCUUCAAUGACCUGUGGAUAGUGGAAUCCCCCUCAUUCGUUUGUGUAAAGGGUGAAAGUGUAAUAACAUGUAAUAGCAUUGGUGGUAGAAAAUAGAAAUACAUAGGAAGUAAAAAAAAGUUAAAUUGAUAAUUUUAGAACCCAACGUGGGCAGGAAGUACAAGUCCAAGAUUUAUCCUCAGACUGACACUGGAUAAGUAUAAUAUAAAUAAUAAGUACAUAAUACCAAAUUACACAUUAAACAAUUUAAAACAAAUAAGUAAAGCAUGUCUACAUUAUUAGAUUUGUAUCAUCGGUGGAAGAAUAUUGGCAAUAAGCCAAAAAGAAUUUUUUAUACGUCUCGUUUUAUUUGUGUAAUUACUAGCACUGAAAAUACUAAAUACUGCACGUUACCUAGUUUUUGUUGAUGAUUUUUAUUUUAAAAUUAAAGGAUUUUUAAAAACAAUUGAAUUCAAACAUAAACUUUAACCAUUUUUUUAUUGUUGUACCUGUAUGUGGAUUGAACCAUUUUACAUGCAUAGCAAGUAGUAACUAAAAAUAAUAAUUAUCUUACAUAAAAAAAAGGAGUAGAAAAAAGACACAAUAAUAUAUAAUUUUAUUACACAUAAUGUCCUGGAACACAGUCAAAUGGAAGGAAGGGCUUUAAACUAACUACUACCUCUGAGUCUUGUUUACUUUGUUUUACAAAAAUCUUUGGUUUUGACUGUUUGCAUCUCAUAGUCAAAAAUUAUUAAAAACUAACGAACUUUUUUCAACAAUGAAUAUAAAAGCCCACCUCUCGAAUAUGAUACAGUUCAUUUUUAUAAACAUUGAAAUGCUUUAUAUUGACCAAUUAUUCAAAACAAAAUCAUACAGUAGUUAAAUUAAACUUAUAAAUAUUGGUAGAGGUGUAAUGAAAAGAAAAUCACAUAAACCUUUGUGCACCAACAAAGCACCCUCUUAUUUGUAAGACAAGAUGACCUAACUUGUCAAUACUAAAAAGAAGCUUUUCUUUGCUACUUUUUGAACCUGAGUCUGGACUAGAAAUAAAUCAAAGCAACCACUUAAAAAAUAAAAAAAUAAAAAUGGUAACUCAUUUACUGAUUAGGUAAAACAUUUUUUAUCUCCAUUCAGAUAUAUAAAUUUAAACAAGGUUGUAAUUUUUUUAACAUAUAAUAUUACACACCAUUUUUUUAAUCAUCACAAGAGAUCUUGAGUCCAAAAUUAUUUUUACUACAAUAAGGAUUCUUCUUGUAUUUCUUCAAUUUGUAAAUACCAGUCUCAGAAAAUUUUAUUUCUUUUGCUUUUCAUAAACAUAUAAAUGAAGAUAAAAACAUAAAUUUUUUAAAUAUAUUCAUCACUUAAAUUUGGCACUGAAAAUCAAUCAAAUCUCACCAUAGUUAAGAUUUAUAAUUAUACUAGUUACAAAUAUCGUUUAUUUUACAAACUAGUGUUCAGAGUGUAAUUAAAUUUAGCUAAAAUUAUUACAAAAAUAAAAUGUAUGUAUGUAAAAUAUAGUGGUAGCCUUGAUAUAUUAUAUGAAUUGUAAAAAAAAAUUUCAAUUUUAAAACUAUAAAACAAGAGGUUAAAAAAAGUCUGAUAAAAUGUUGUCCUUUGGAUUGUUGUACAAUACUAUAACUCAUAAUAGUUUAAAAUUGUUGUAAAUUAUACAACUAAAGAAAGAUCCAUUCAAAUUCAAGAUCACAACACAAUGAUCAAAAAUGAGGAACAAAUGGCACAUUUUGCCUAGUGGUAUUUAAAAAAAAGUAGAAUUGUAAUAUAUGACUAGAACAUCAGGUAAUUUUAUCGCUUCUGACAACAUAUUAUAUAAAAUUUUUUAAUAGAAAUGUAUUUUAAUUUAAUUGUAUCAAAUUAAAAAAUCUACUAUUUUUUUAAUAAUAUGACGCGCAAGAAGUAAACAAAAAAUCGUUUGUAAUCACAUAAUUAAUCAAUAAAAUGCUAAUUUUUAAAGAAACAAUAAAUAAAUAAAUAAAAACAGCAAUCGACUCUAAAGUAUUGAUUGACAGACAAUACAACAAGAAAAAAAUAAAGC